AUGGAUUUUCCAGUUUAUUCAAGUGUUGUUAAGGAGUUGAAGAACUCCUUUCUUUCUGUCUUUGAAACCAGCAAAGAUGUAGAUUAUGAAGAAGAACAAUUUCAGGAUUGCCGGAUUACUCCAACCGCGUGCGGGACUAUUACUAUUGAGAAUGAAAUCACCAACCCAAUGACUGAGAAGCUAGAACUAGCACGAAAAUGGAGCCUAAACAAAUACAAGUAUACUCGUCAACUUAUCUCAGAGAAGCUGGGACAUGGCUCAAGAACGGUCGAUCUUGAAUUGGAUUAUCAGAUUGAUAUAUUAAAGGACAACAAGAAAAAAUAUGACAAUAUCCUAAGAUUGGCUCAAAUGUUUUCCAGUCAUCUUUCCCACAUGGUGCACAUCCAGAAACAACUUGGAAAUGCCUUUAGUGACUUAAGCCUGAAGUCACUAGAACUAAAUAGAGAAUUUAGCGAAAAUGCAGAUACUCAGAAGAUGGUGGCAAAAAAUGGCGAAAUUCUUUGUGUGGCCAUUAAUUCUUUCAUUGAAAAUGUCAACACUUUAGUAAACAAAACAAUUAAAGACACCUUACUGACUGUGAAGCAGUAUGAAACUGCCAGGAUUGAAUAUGAUGCAUAUCGCACCGAUUUAGAGGAACUGAAUCGUGGACCACUGGGCCCACACAGUUUGCCAAAGAUUGAGGAAUCAAAGCUUCUCUUCCAGACAUCUAAGGAAAAAUACGAGCAACUGCGCGAUGAUGUUGUUAUCAAACUCAAGUUUCUAGAAGAAAACAAGAUUAAAGUAUUGCGCACUCAGCUAGUCCUUUUUCAUAGUGCCAUUUCUGCUUAUUCUACUGGCAAUCAAACUCAGCUUGAAGAGAUACUGGCGCAGUUCCACAUCAAAGUGAGACCUGGCGAGAAAGCCACCCCUUGGUUUGAUGACUACUAG